AUGAACACUAAAUUCCUUGGGUUUGUUGUUGUUGCCAGCAUUGCUAUAGGGAUCGAAGCGUGCCCCGGACUGUUCGGAGCCCCUCCACCAGCUCCAUGCUGUUGUUCUCCACCUCCCCCACCUCCUCCUCCUCCACCAUGUCCACCUCCACCUCCAUGUGGAUGCGGAGGACGUAAGAAAAGAGAGGUAAGUGUUUAAAUUAUGACACAGUAUCAUAGCUUACUGUACCUCAUUCUGCUUUAUCAUUCUAAGGACUUGAUCUUUCAGGCCGUUAUUCCCCAUCUCAAAAACGAAGAGACUCUCUGUCCACAACACCCAUGGCUCGACUCCAUCAAAGUCGUAAGUUUUACUCAUUGUUUUGACAUUACUUUUCUUUUUUCACUUUUAAUGUUUUCUACAGAAUAUGGGUGAUGACGCUGUCAGCUCCGCUUACGCCAUACAAUCCAGUAUGUUCAAGAAGUAUGAGACCAAUUUCUUCGUGUCCUGCGCCCCCAAGACCGAAGAAAAGACCUCUCGUUUGGCCGUUCACGGUGAUGGCUACUGUAUUCACAGCAAUGAGAAGUUGACUUGCCAAGUUGUUUCUCUCAGCUCUUAG